AUCCUGUCUUCAGUUCAUAGUUCCAGGUAGUCAAAGGGACCAUGAAUCCCACAGCUGGGAAGUCCCUCGACACGGCAUUCCCCCUGAAGCUCAGAUCCUCUGCUGACAAACCCCCAAUCGGCAGGUAUGUAAGCCCUCCCCUUGGGGCCCACUGGAUCUGCUGACAUGACAAGGGUGUAGAGCAGCCUCUUUUCAGAGGGUUUCAGUUUGAAUUCCACGGAUGAUAUUUACACCCCCAGUAAGUCUCUUAUCUUAGCUCAGCUAGUUAAAAUAAGUUUAAAAUAUGAUUAAUCUCAUGGCAUGAAUUUUAUGAUAUAAAAUGAUUUUGCCGAUUGUACUCACAAGCAGGGUACCAGCCAGCUCGGGUAAAAUGCGUUGCAAGAUGUAGGAUGCACUUGCAACCUGACGCUCACCGUUCCGGCCCCUAAACCAGUAAUCUGCCCCCUGGCUCCAUGAACCACACCGUGGGUUGGCGUGCCAGAGGGUUGCAGUAAGAUACACCGCAGGGCCGGACGUCAGCGUUGUUGUCCUGCACUGUGGUAGGUGACCACUUCAAGGUCAGUCUGUCCUCACGGUAUCAAAAACAAACUUCGGUUUGGUCCCGGCACUGUGUGGUAUAAUUUGCGAGCUUGGCAGAGCCGUGCAGUCAAGCGGUACUGUCCUGGAGAACUUGCUAAUUUACUGGCGCUCUGCAGCAGGCAGAUUGGAUUUUUAAUUAACAAAAAUAUUUGUGUCCUCUUUCCAUGCCAGAAAUUAUGGAAAGUUUGCCUUUGUCGUGUCCCACUGUUUACACCUAGUUCCUGUUUCUCCUUAUUUCUUUGGGGGGGGGAGGGUUGUCACUGUUCUGUGCCUUUGUCUCCCAUGUGUAGGUGCUGUCUAAUCCUUCAACUGCCACUUUGCACCAACUAUGCUUUUGUCCUUCCAUUGAGUUUAACUGAUAUAGGCCCUCGUUGUUUUCAUUUUUUUCAGUCAAUAACCGGUGGCUGAGAGGUCAGUGUUUAGAUGUCUAGUGGGAUUGUGGGACCGGCGCAGCUCCUGCUCCGGAAAACAACCCUCCUUUAGUUCCAUUGAGAGCUCCCAUUCUCCUGUUUUUCCAUGUAAAUGACAAUACUGGAAAAUUAAUUCUCCUCUGUCAGUUAUGCGGCUGUGGAUCGGGACUAGGCAGAGGACUAGUUUGGUCAGACCUGGCCAGAAAUAUAUGGAUUUUUUUUUAAGAUCAGCAAAUUGCUUCCAGCAGGGGAAUCUCUAUAAUUACACAUACUUGGUCCCUGUUUCUUCAGUAUGAGUAUGUGGUCACACGGUUUCAGAGUACAGCUGUGGGAAAUACCCUGUAACUUCAAAGUUUAGCUGGCCAAAGCAAGAAGUAGUCACACACAUAAUGAAAUGAUAGUGCUCUAACAAAAGUAUUCAAAAAGAACACAUGCAAUUUUAGCACUUGUUUGUCUAAGAGAGCCCUACUGUUGUUGACACAAACUGGGCUAUGGUUUUCUAGGCUCGGUUUUGUCUCAAUGAUCACAACAUUGGAAUGCCUCUCUUCACCACCUUGCUGCUCUAAGUCACGAGUCGUCGGUGUGUGUUGAAUUCUUGCACAUUUCGGGGGACUGCACCGUACACAGAUGGUGGAGAGGCAGCGCUAAAGGAUAAUGGCCCUGUUCAGGCAGUUUGGGGGGGGGGGUUAACACCUUGUCAGGGCUGUAAAUGUCUUUUCAAAUGUCUUUGAAAGGUACACCAGAGAAUGAAAGGGUAGCAUACACCAGCAUAAUGUCAACAGCAGAAGAACGGUCUCAUUGUAAACUUCUGUGGAUGAAGAAUAGAGCAGCAUGACUCUUGCUCACCAUGUCUGUGCUUAUCAGCCACUGAGAGCCAAAGUUCAGGUGGGAGUCCCAGGUCCCUGAGUGAAGCACCAUGCGCUCAUGUUCGCAGGCCCCUGGGGCUCUUUCAAGGAGCUUCAGGGCUUGUUUAUCGAGGUUACUUUUGAACCCCAUAGUAUGUCCGUCUCUGCAUGUGCCUUUCGAAAUGAUACAUCGCAUCAGUAGUAAACACCUUAAUAAGAAUGUUUCUGCCUGUUUCUGCUGGCUCCGAAACAUGUUCAUAAAUCUUACUGUUUUCAUCUUUUAUCCGUACAGGUGACGAAAAUUUCAGUUAAAUGCAUAUACUUUCUCUUUCCUCCGCUUCUGCCUUUCAAAGAAUUAAAUUUGAAUGAAAAUACAGCAUGUUUGUUGUCGGUAGGGGGAGGGGUAUAACUGGUGGGAAUCACCAGCCGGCAACCAAUGGUGAGCCCCCCUCCCCCCCUCCCGGCCCUUGUCUUUUGGUUGAGAGUGUCAGGGCGCCUCACGAUUGGCGAUUCACAAGCACAGCAUCUGGAGCUUUUGAAUGUGUGGGGGAGGAGUCUGAGGCGAUAUUAAAGCGUCUGUCCCAGUCAGCAGCUCCAGUGUGCUUUGUGAAUGUGGACUGCACAGCCGGCUGUGAAGAUACCGUUUGACAGUCUGGCUUUCUAUUUUAUUUUAUGUUUUUCAUUUUCUUUUUUCCAGGGCUUUCAGCCAGCCUGCCUCCAGUUUUCAGGGCCGUGGACCGGUGCCUCCUUGAUAUCCAGACGGUGACCUACAGCACAACGGAUCUGGGUCUGGAAACUUGAAGAAGGUUUUAGAAAACAGCCUGACCUCCAGGGACCACUGCCCCCUCCCUGGCAAAGUGUUUAAAGGGAACUACCGCCGUUAACCUUUAAGUGCCUUUGCCAUUGAUGUGGACUGGAGUGGAAUUUGACCCUUUCUGACCCUGUCGGACAAGAAGGCUUUCAGUGAAGACAGGGAGGAUUAAAGGCUGUAAAGAAAGUCAGGAGGACAGGAGCACCAGGACUGGGCAGAGGUGAGAGAAAAGGAGGACACACUCUUCUUUGAGUCCCCUUUCUACUUUUGACCAGAAAGUGCCCCUCAAGUAUGCCGGUGGAAACCUUGCGCCCCUCGGACGGGCGCCUGGCUGGAGCCCCCUUCACCUCCGCCAUGCCUUUCCGCAUCCUCAACAAGGGGCCCGAAUAUUUCCGGCGGCCGCUGGAGCCUGGAGCCCGCAAGUUGAGUGCGGUGGAGCGGCUGGAAGCAGACAAGGCUAAGUACGUGAAGAGCCAGCAGGUGGCCAGCACUCGGCAGGAGCCCGUCAAGCCCCCCGUCAUCCGCAAGCCACUGCUAUCGCCAAGUGUGCUGCUGCAGUGCCGAGCCGGCACCCCCGUCACCCGCAAGGCCCCGCGCCGCCAUGGAGUCGCAGUGCCUUUAAACCUGGACGCCCUCAACAACCUCAUUAACGUUUGCGAGCCACCUGCAUCGCACAGCGCCCUCCGCACACCUUUGUCUGAGAGCCAGUCUGCCAAUCCCAUCCCUGCAGAGCCCAGUUCUAGUGCCCGCCGGCUCAACAGCAACUCCUCUUCUACCUCCUCGUCCUCCUCCCUCUCUCCUCUGUCCGCCGACCAGAACCGACGGCCUCCUGUGGUCCCAGCACGUGCGCUUCAGGCUGGCACGUUCGCUCCCUGUGGGUCAGCGGGCACUGUGGCAGUGCGCCGGGUGGAUGUGCGGCCGCAGGUGGCGCUGAGGAAACCGCAGAGAACACCGCAGGCCCCGCGGCGCCUCGUCCCGCAGCUGCAGGUGGCCCAGCCGCAGGUGCCACCUCCGCCCACCGCUUCAGCUACAGCGCCCUCCCCUCUGCCUUCCAGCCCCCUGCUGCUGCAUGCCACGUUGCCCCCUGCCUCCCCAGCCUUCACACGUCUGUCGUCGGCUAGCUCCCGCGGCUCGGCGCGCCGCCAUCCCUCUCUGCACCGCUCUAAGUCAGACCUGAGUGACCGGUACUCACGGGCCACGGCUGACCUCGAGCGCUUUUUCAACUACUGCGGCCUGGAUCCUGAGGAGGUCGACAACAUGGGGGUGGAGCACUUCGCCCGUGCCAGCUCUGACAUCGUCUCUGUGUCAAAGCUACGCAGCGUCAGCACACCCAGCUCUGAGUGCGGGGCCCCGUCCCGGCACAGCCACGAGGGCCCUGAGGAGGAGGCGACACCGGCCAGUGAGCGCACGCCCUAUGGAAUCUCUGUCAUCGAGAGGAAUGCUCGUGUCAUCAAGUGGCUCUAUGGGAUCCGGCAGGCGCGCGAUGCCCUCAGCGUCUCCAACGUCUAGCAGACCACUCAGAGAUGGAUGGCCAGCUGGUCCUGGAAGCACAGUGGACUUCUGCACCUUCUCAAUUCUGUUUAUAUUUAUUUAUUGGUCAGCUUCUUGGACAGUGAGUGGGUCAGUGAUGGGUACAUGUCUGCGGGCAGACAGGGGUCACGGCUGCCCCCACUCUUCUCUCGUGCUCAACUUAAAUGAUUUACUGUUUCCAUUAAGACUCUUCACUCUCGCAGUAUAAAUCUGAAGUGGCUGGCAGGACCCUGCCUUCCAGCUGCGUGUCAGGACUGCCGAGCUGACAGACACAGAGACGGGGAGCUCACUGUUAUCCCUUUGCAAUAAAGUAGGCGGUGGUGGACUGCUGUGAAUAUACAAUAAUGUGACUUUAGCAAGGGCAGGUGAUUGCCUUGAUGCUGCCAGAAACCUGUUGUUUCAGAGUAAGGGGGGUUAAAAGCCUUCACCGAAGUGAGCAUUAGUGUAUUACUGCAAUAGGUAGAGUAUGGAUGUUCAGGCGAGGGCAAGUCGAUACUGUGAAGCCGUCUGCUGCCUUUUGGUUCUUCUUCAUAGGUUAGAUGAUGGCUGAAGUGGUUUAAGCUGCAGUGUGUGCAUGUGUUUACACUCUGAGGGUGGCGUUUUUCAUAAACACGGUGUCUUCAUACCUGUUCUCACAGACUGCCUUGAUUUUCGUCGUGUUGUUUUUUUUCCCUGUUUUUUUUUGGUGAAUGGUUUUGUCCUGGAGAGAGCCAUGUCAUGUUGUAAACAGAGAGCUGACGUAAGUAGGGAGGUGGGCAGCAGGAGCAGGGGGCCCUGUGGUGGGUGUGGAGCUUCAUCCGGGGUAGGUGGGGGGUCUGAGAAUGAAUCGAGUCUUAGAGGGAGGCGCAAAGUUUGACUGGAAAGGAAUCUGUGACGUGCCAUGCAGAGCAUUUACUUAAACUGUGUUUCAUGUUGUUUACGGAAUCUACACCCACUGACAUGUAACACACAUGCCUGUGUCAGCCAACAGCCAAGGAGAGUACAUGCAGGUGUGCUAAGGUGGAAGUGUGCUUUCUGAAAUGAUACUUUUAUGCCCUGACUUACUUCUCUUGGAGAAAAGCUCAUCCUGACCUAACUGAGUCACAUUGAAGUUCUCCUGAUUAACUGCACUGGACCUUCAGUCUUAGUUUUGCUGCAAAUUUGUCUUAAUGACCUUUCAAUAAAUGAAAAUUCAGGAA